AUGCGGCUGCUCCCGGAAUGGCUCCUCUUGCUCUUCGGCCCGUGGCUCCUUAGGAAGGCCGUGAGUGCCCAGAUACCAGAGUCCGGAAGGUCACAGUAUCUGGAGCUGCGCCCUGCACCGGCGGGAGUGGGCGUCUCAGGCCAGCAGCUCGCAGCCCCGAAGUCUCCGGACGGCAUGGGCGCCGCCCGCGCCUGGAGCUGGGCUUGGCCGGCCAACCACACGGAGGCGCUGACCCGGGCAGGGGCAGCCGGGGCGCUACCCACGCAGCGUAGCAAGAGGAAGCCGUCGAUCAAAGCGGCCCGAGCCAAAAAAAUCUUCGGCUGGGGGGACUUCUACUUUCGGGUGCACACCCUUAAGUUCUCGCUGCUGGUGACGGGCAAGAUCGUGGAUCAUGUGAACGGUACUUUCAGUGUGUACUUCCGCCACAACUCGUCCAGCCUGGGCAACCUCACUGUCAGCAUCGUGCCACCUUCCAAGCGUGUAGAGUUCGGGGGCGUCUGGCUGCCCGGGCCUGCCCCUCAUCCACUGCAGUCUACGCUGGCCCUGGAGGGGGUACUUCCUGGACUAGGGCCCCCACUGGGGAUGGCCGCAGCGGCUGGGCCAGGGCUGGGGGGCACCCUUGGGGGCGCACUGGCAGGGCCACUGGGGGGUGCGCUGGGAGUGCCUGGGCCCAAAGAGUCGCGUGCUUUUAAUUGCCAUGUGGAGUAUGAGAAAACGAAUCGCGCGCGCAAGCACCGCCCGUGCCUGUAUGACCCAUCGCAAGUGUGCUUCACAGAGCACACGCAGAGCCAGGCUGCCUGGCUCUGUGCCAAGCCCUUCAAAGUCAUCUGUAUCUUCGUCUCCUUUCUCAGCUUUGACUACAAACUGGUGCAGAAGGUUUGUCCAGACUAUAACUUCCAGAGCGAGCACCCCUACUUUGGAUAGCGUCCUCCUCCCCAGCCCCAGUCAUGAGCCUCUCGCCAAAUCCUGGCCUGGCUGGGUGGGCCCCCUUCCUGUAUCCCUCUGCUCCUUUGGUCUCUUCCACAUUUUCCUCUCUGGGGUAGGAGGACC